CCCACAUCACUGUCCAUUACCACUCCUCCUGUCCAUCCAUCUUCUCUCUCUCUCUCUCUCUCUCUCUCUCCCCAUGGCUGAUCCCUACUCAAAUUUCUACUCUCACUGGUUCAGAUUCAACCCUCUUCACCAGUACUUCUCUUCUUCAAACCCACCUCAACAUCAUCAUCACCGCCACCAUGGCUUUUCCAGCAGCAACAGUUCCACUGAACAGUACUGGCAACAAACCCCACCCCUCUCCCCUCCUCUCAGAGAAGCUUUGCCCCUUCUAAGCUUGAGCCCAACAAGACAUGAUGAUGAUGAUGACGAAGAGCCAGCUGCUCAACCCUCCUGCUGCAGCACCAUGGAUGUGGACAAGAACAAAUCCACAGAAGAAAGCCAAUGCCAAGGCCACAGUAGUGAUAAUCUUUUCUUCAGUACUUCUACUGAUAAUGAUGAUGAAACUGCAGUUACUGUAGCACUGCACAUAGGGCUUCCAAACCCUAGUGCUGCUGAUCUGGCCUCGGUGCUCUCUUCUUCUUCCUCUUCCACUUAUGCUGAUCAUAAAAGUGGAGAUCAUGAUGAUGUUUCCGGGUACCCCUUCAAUAGGCUCAACAAGGGCCAGUAUUGGAUCCCUACCCCUUCCCAGAUUCUCCUUGGUCCUACUCAGUUCUGCUGUCCUGUUUGCUACAAGACCUUCAACAGAUACAACAACAUGCAGAUGCAUAUGUGGGGGCACGGAUCGCAGUAUAGGAAAGGGCCAGAAUCUUUAAAAGGGACUCAACCAACAGGCAUGCUGAGGCUUCCAUGCUAUUGCUGUGCACCAGGUUGCAGGAACAACAUAGAUCACCCAAGGUCCAAGCCACUCAAAGAUUUCAGAACCCUUCAAACCCACUACAAGAGGAAGCAUGGAACCAAGCCCUUCAUGUGCAGGAAAUGUGGGAAGGCCUUUGCUGUGAGGGGAGAUUGGAGGACCCAUGAGAAGAACUGUGGCAAGCUUUGGUACUGCAUUUGUGGCUCUGAUUUCAAGCACAAGAGGUCCCUCAAAGACCACAUUAAGGCCUUUGGCUACGGCCAUGCAGCUUUCGGCAUCGAAGAGGAUCGGGAUGAUGAUCAUGAACCAGCAUCAGAACUUGAGCAAGAUGAUGAAUCCAUGGGGUAGUGAAUUAAUUAACUAAUUCCCUCAUAUGGGAAUGAUUUUUAUAUAACUAUGAACAUACAGGUAAGAGGCCACUUUUGAUCCCAAUGUAGAAUCCAAAAUUGAAACACAUUAUUCAUCUCAGGCCUUCUUCACCUAAAUCCUAUUCUCUUUGCUUUCGUCAGCUUAUCAUGAUUAUUUCCUUAAUUAUCUUUGUUUAUCAUAAACUUUUUGAUGAAAUAAUUGAAAAGA